AUGUCAUUGGAUUACAGUUUGGCCGUCCGAGGUAAGGAAGUUUCAGCGGUCAUGUGCAAUCAGAAGGAGCAGCGAGUUUUGGAGAAGUGUCUACAGACUCUCCACCUAGAGCAGACUUACGCCGUGAAGCUUCUGGAAAUAGACAACCGAGAAAUGAAGGUACAUUAUAAAAAGCUGAAGGAUAAGGUAUCGAAAAUAAAAUCAUUCCUGCCGAUUGAAGACAUCUCCAGAUUUCGUGAACUGGAUAUGAAGGGUCGGUUCAAGCCAGCCUAUGAAUGUGUCGUUCUUAGUAGUGCUGUCAAAAUAGCCGAGGCUUCUAGAAGACUCAAGCUGAACAGUCACAGAGGCAAGAAUGGACGAUGCACUCAGAGUGCGUUGCCAAGAAUUUCAGUGUCCAGGGAUAACUCUCACAUUAAAACUAAUUCAAGGGAAUCAGAUUCUGGACAACGCAGCAAAUCUGUAAUGGGGUUAUCCACUGAAAUUUCUCAUGAAACACAUUCAAGUCAGCAAGAGAAACCAUCAACUGUUCAGUUUUACAGUGUUCAAGAUGACAAUCUUCUAGGUUUCGAAAAAAGCACCCCAGUAGAUCUGCAGACGACCCAAGAAACCCCUAUUGUUUUUGAACUGAGCAAACGAUCACAGUCUGCAGAGAAUGGGGGACAUAAUCUCAGAGCACAGUCAGGACACAUCCAUACUCAUUCGCCGUUCUCCAGUCACGUGGCAGCAGCCAAGGACGCCCGUGAUGGUUUGAGAACAGCACCAGCGCAGACUAACAUUGCUCGAAGACUGUCGCAGGUGUCCAACUAUUCUAUUGACAGCAAUCUGGGAGAGAACUUGUAUGAGGAACGUCGACUAGGACUAUUAGAAGAAGAAGCCCUAAGAGCAGCAGCCUUGCAGCAGAAAACGCGAAAGUUUCUACACGAAGUUGAGGAAUACCUGCAAGUAAAACCACGACUUCCGUCGUCGAAAUCCGUCACUGGUAAUUCUACUCAAGAAUCGACUCUGGGUAAACCAAGCACCAGGGGUUAUAAUCGCCACCAGAAGUUUAACAGAAAGAGCAGGCUUUCUGAACCCAACUCCUCGUCAACAUAUUUGCACGAGCAGAAAUACAAAGAGCAUGCAUUGUCGCUAUGGACAGGGCUGAAUAAAUGCCGAUAUCUGCGAGUGCCGGAUGAGAUGCUUGACCUCUCUGGCAUAAAUACUUUAGCUAAAGAUCAGAUGCAGAUGUUUGAAGUACUGCGAAAAUCAGACUGUAUACCUCUGAGGGAAGCUUGGGAAAACUGA